AUGGGAAAUUCAUACGUUUCCGGAAAAUCUACAACGAGUCAAGGUUUCUACAGACAGCACGAACCAAACUAUGCGCCGACGUUUGACAGUCAUUCUAUGAUUUUUGAGCCCAGUAAUGCAUAUAUGAACUGGCCCAUCACUUCCGAUCCAGAAUGUGAACAUGAUGGAACUGUGUUUUUAACGCUCGGAAACUACCAAUAUGGUCAACUACUUCACAAAAGACCAAGAGACAUCGUUCAAAAUAUGCCAAACGACAUAUGCAUGGAGACGCUUUGCCAUCCACUAAUACAAUCCAAUGGCGUUCGAUGCUCAAAUCAAAACAUCAGAAUGAUCGAGUGUGGAAUUGCACAAACAUUUCUAGUUACAAUUGACAAUUUAGUAUACGUAUCUGGAAACAGCUUCUUUGGACAGUUAGGAUUAAAUCAUGCCAAAACUGUCUAUGAGCCUGUAAGGCUAAAUUUUGCUUUUGAUUCACAGAUUAUAGAAGUCAGCUGUGGACAAUUUCACACUCUUUUUCUCACAGCCAAAGGCUCAGUGUACGUUUGUGGGUAUAAUUAUUAUUCACAAUUAUCAAUUUCAGAAACCUGGAUGAUGGAACCUACACUCGUGAAAGAUUUAGAUACUAUUCAUCACGUGUAUUCUGGACAAAGAUUUACCUUAUUUCAAACCCAUGAUGGAACAAUUCUACUGAAUGGAGAUAUUGAAGAAACAAACCUUCCUGUAAAUAGAAAACCUGUUUUUGUACAAGAUCCAACAGAUCCUAUUCGACGAGUUGCAUGUGGUGACUGUCAUUUUAUUAUUUUGACUCAACUUGGAAGAGUUUAUGUUUUUGGGAGAAACUAUUCUGGAGCUCUUGGAUUAGGUCAUACAGAAGAUGUAUUUGAUGUCACAGAGCUUUCAUACAAGGACAUUGUAAAGUCAGAUACCAUAAUUGUGGAUGUUCAAUGUGGUGACUCUCAUACCAUGUUUAGAACAAGAGAUGGCAUGAUCUACGGAUGUGGAUAUAAUACGAAAGGUCAACUGGGCAUUCCUCAUUCUGAAAAAGAAAAUUUUGUCGCAACAAUUACAGACCUCAAAAUUCAGGAACAUACAGGUCACAGAAUCACCGAUGUAAGAUGUGGUCGGGAAUGUACCGUAUUUCUCACUGACAAGAAUGAAAUUUUCAUUAGUGGACAAUUAUGGAGAGAUCAAUGCUUUCAACAAAAGCCAACAAAAUUUCAUCAUCCAAUAUUUGAAAAGAAGAAUAUUUGUAGUAUGGCUGUUGGUGGCUAUCACGUGAUUAUUUACUUGGAAGAUAAAUUUAUUAAGGACUAUUCUAUAGAAUUUGAAGACGAGAAUAAUACAACUUGUCAAAUCAAACUCUCCAAUAUUACGAGCAUUGAAUCAUUUAUAGAUGGCAUUGAAAAGCAUGCAAAAUUAGAGAAAAAGAGUCGAAAGCAAGUCUUCUACUUGGUAUGGAAUACGAACUUUAAUCGAUUUGAAUUCAUUUGCAACAUUCGAACAAUUCCAUCACAAUGCUUUGUCAAGCGAAUGAUAGGUACUCUCUCAGAAGUUGUUUCUCGAAUUGAACCAAGCUACCAUGUCGAUUCAUUUGUUGGAAUGUAA